AUGGCUCAGCCUCAGAUGGAACUUUUUGUUCGGGCCCUGUCUCGCCUCUUAGGAUGGAUAUACAUGCUGAGCUGGUCGGCAUCCUUCUAUCCUCAGAUUAUAAUCAAUUACAGACGCAAAUCCACCUCGGGGCUCUCGAUUGACACCCCCACCAUCAAUACUUUGGGGUUCGCGUGUUACACAAUCUACACGGGUGUCUUCCUCUAUGCGCCCAUGAUCCGCGCGCAGUAUGCGGCCCGGCAUCCCUCAUCGGAGGAACCCACCGUUCGCUUCAACGAUUUGGCAUUCGCUGUCCAUGCCGUGGUCUUGUGCUUCAUCAUGUACACGCAAUUUUGGCCUUCAAUAUGGGGGUUGCAUGUGUCUCGCUUCCAACGUAUCAGCAAGACCAUGCUCGGCCUGUUCUGGGGGUCCGUCUUUGCGCCUCUGGUGGUUAUCUGCAUAGUGCUGGUGCGAAGCCCGGAUGGGGGUUACGACCCAUCGACAUGGGCGUGGAUUGACGUGAUCUAUGCAAUUUCGUAUAUCAAGCUGGUGAUCACCGUUCUCAAGUACGUGCCGCAGGCGUGGUUGAAUUAUAAGCGGAAGUCGACCUACGGCUGGAGUAUUGUUCCGAUGUUUUUGGAUUUGAACGGCGGGGUUUUAUCACUGGUGCAGUUGGUGCUUGACUCCAGCCUUCAGAGCGACUGGAGCGGCAUCACGGGAAACCCCGUGAAGCUUCUUUUGGGUAAUGUCACUAUCUUCUUCGAUCUGAUCUUCAUCUUUCAGCACUACAUCCUCUAUCCGGAUGCACCGGAUACCAAGAAGAGGUCUCACGACGGAGACACCAGGCCCUUGCUGGCCGACUCGGAGGGCCAACGUGACGUAUGA